UAAGAACCGAUGGGCACCCCGCUGUUCGUGGCCGAAGAAGUGCUGUGCACAUACCCGAUCAGCACCGUGUACGACUCGUGCCCACGGUACCUCUUCUAUGCAUUGCUGCUAGCUACUUGCGUGACCCGGUGGACGGGAUGGCUGUCCGACGUCUUCCUGGGAGCAGCAGCAACAUACGCCGGGACUGCAGCUCUUGAAGCCUUCAUCUUGGUGGCCAGCCCAGCCCAUCAUGCCCGUCCAUCGCCAGUAUCAAUUCCCUAUAUCCCGCCCAGCGACAGCACCACCGACGCUCUGUACGCCUCCUUCCCAGCCCUGGUCACCAACACCACCCAACUCCCCAUAAUCCCAGCAACCAUCGACCUGGACGCGGAUGCCGUGCUCGCCAUCGUAGUGACAGCCUACCUCAUCUUCCUCCCACUGCAAGCCUGGUCGCGGGCCUUCAGCCACUCGCGCGCGCGCUACAUCCUCUUCUCCCUCUGGCACAUCCUAAUGCUAGCAGGCACCAUCAGCGCGCUGAUCUACUGGCCACGAGUCCGCAACACCCCGACCCAAUACGCCUUCUGCGCGCCGGACUACUUCCCACCAGAGGAGACGGUCUCCAGCGACGGCUGGCAGUCGUGGCAACGCACGACGCCGUCGUGGAACAGCAGCAUCUGGGCCAUCUUCAACAACGUGACGCUCUUCAACUCCCUGCCGACAAGCUGUUACUACCCCUGCUUCAACACCACGCAAAUCCUGCGGCAACAAUCCGCUCUCGAGGCGACGAUCGCAGCCGCCAACGCCGACGAGAACCUCAGCGCCCACGCACGCUCCGCCUUCUGGUCCCGCGUCAUCUACUCAGAGCGCUAUAUCUACAGCCUAAUCGGGCUAACGCUCCUCGUAAACGCAACCCUGCUCCUCUACCGACUCCUCCCCUACCGCUCGCGCAUCCCAUCCAGCCGCAUCCGCACAGUCUGGCUCGAGCGCCGCGCAAUUCUCCACGGCUUCAAAACAGACUAUUACGCGGCCGUGCACUGCGCGUCUUCCCACCCCAAAGACCUCGAACAAGGGCGCCCCGCCCCCGCGACCAUCGUCGAGAAAACCCGUUGCGCGCUGUCGAGCGCCGGGGAGGAGCGCCUGUCUGUCCCGUGUCUGAUGCGCCUGCAUACCCUCGGCUCGUUGGUGCGGUUGCUCCUCGACCUGUGUAUCCUGUGUGCGCUUGUUUUUAGUAUCAUUGUCAGCCCGCUCACGGUUGUUGCGUUCGUCGCGUGGAUCGAGUACUAUAUUCAUGAAGAUGGGCCUGCGCAGGAGACGCCGCAGCAGGUGGGUCAGUGGGCGCCGCUGGCGUCUAUUGGGUUCUUGGUGCUUUCGGCGGGGAUUUUGAAGUUGAAGGUUUGGGUUGCGCCGAGGAGUGAGAUUGAGUGGGAGAUUGGUGAGCUGAGGAGGAGGGUGAAGCGGUUGGAGGAGAUGCUUGUUUAGUUUUGGC